AUGUCGCGCAAACGACGUUCUCUGAGGCUCGACGAGAAGCUCAAGAUUCUGAAAUUCGUCGACGAGAACCCGACGAGCAAGCGGCAAGUGCUGGCCCGGCAACUGGACAUUCCCCUGUCCACGCUGACCACGCUCGUCGGGAGGCGCGGAAGCAUCGAGGCCAAUCUUCAGCGCUUCGGCCCGGCUUGCCGAUCGACGAGGUCGGGACGUCACAAGAACCUCGAGGACUUCAUGUGCUCCUGGAUGAGCGACGCGGCCGAAGCGCCCAGCAUGGAGGAGAUGCGAGAGACGGCCCAAGCCGUGGCAAGGAGCAUGGGCAUCGACGACUUCACCGCGAGCAAUGGCUGGCUGUGGCGCUUCAAGAAGCGCCAUGGCUUUGCGCGUUGCAAGCAGCCAUCUUUGGCGAAGCAGCGAGCUGCCGUCUCCAGCGAAAGGACCCGGAAGGAACCAGAGGACCUCCUCGCGUUCCUCGGCGCCCGAGAGGAGUACCAUCCGCGCGACGUCUACGUCAUCGGCUGGACUCAACUGUACUACGCUCUCCUUCCUUCCGACCUCGUCAAGCCUGAUCCGGACGGCGAUCUGCUUGUCACAAACAGCGCGGCAAAGGUCAGGCAGCGUGUCAAUGUCAUUCUUGGCGUAAACGAAGACUGCACAGACAGGUUGGCCCCGUGGGUCGUGGGACGCCGCGGCAGUCCGAAGAACCUGCGAAACGUUCGCAACCCGCCUUGCGCGUACCUCGGCGCGAGCACAGAGGACCUCUCGCAAACCCCUGUGGACGCGUUGGAGCAGUACCUCGUCGUCUUGGACAACCGCAUGCGGGCUGAGAAACGCGUCGUCGCCGUCCUCCUUACCCCGGACCUGGCGGAAGCCGUCAGCUGCGACUUCAAGAACGUUCGCCUAUACUCGCUCGGAGGCUCAGCCAUGAGCAACCAGAAUCCUCUGGACGUGGGCAUACUGAGGCGUUUCAAGCAACUCUACCGAACUUUCCUGUUCAGAAGGUUCACUGUACUGAACGAUCAGCCAGAGGAAGCAAGGCCUUCGCUCCUUGUUGCCAUGUCCUUUAUCUUGACAUCCUGGGACUCUCUCGAGCAAAACGUCGUUAGGACCGCUUUCAAGGCUUGUGGCUUCCGAGGGUGCAUCCUGUCGCACUCAGCCGCAGGUGAAUUGGAACAAGAUGACGUGGCAGGAAAUGAAAUGGACACUGGGGACGUGCUACCGGACAACUUUGACCAGAUGGACGAAGAGCUCGCAUUCAACGAGGUGACAGUCAAACAAGAGCCCGGUGUGGACAAGACCUCCCCAUCGGAGGAGCCGCAGGCAGGCGACGAGGGUCACACAGAACGAGUUGUGACAAACCGCGAUGCUUUAAAGGCACUCGACACUCUCCGUCUCUAUCUUUGCCAGAACGAUUGCGGCAAAGAAGCAUUGAAAGCAUUUCAUGCUCUAGAAAGCGAACUCUACAAAUCGCUUUUCAAGUGA